CGCAAAAAGCCCCCACGCCACGAAGCGAAGCACUGAUACCCUAACGGUUGCGCACCUCCAGUAGCUCGAGGCACCACCAGUUCUCGCGCCGCCGCCGCCCCUCACACUGACCUAGCCGUCGAUGGGCAGGUGAUACUGCAUGUGGAGGCGGUUCAUCACGAGGCUGGAGCGAGGGGAUCGACUCCCGGGCGAGUUUGUGAGCCACGCUUGGGCAGCCGAUGCGGAUGGCCGAAGGCUUUUUCGGGGAUCUGGAGCCGAGCUUGCAAGCGAUACUGGCAGAAGCUGGGAGCGGUGUAGAUGAUGUGGAGGCAGUUGUGGGUUGCUCAACGUUGCCUGGUGAGGCAUCGCCGGUGGCUGCCACUGCCGACAGCAUCAGCUCAACCUCGGGCAACUCUGUUGCUGGAGGACAAAGCACUGUCCGCGGCGAAUUGGGGGCCCUGGCUGAGGUGUCCGUGAUCGAUGGUGACGACGUUGGAGAGCGCGCCGUCGUCUCAGGUUGGAAGAGGAGGCCCCGCGUGGGGAAAGCCCCUCCCGAAAGACCCCUGAACUCAGCCCGGGUCACGGCACUUGAGCAGACUCUGCGCGAAUUUCCGGCCCGCAGUAGCGGCGAAGUGAUUGUUCCAGAGGUUGGGGUUACGUUUGAUUCGAUAGGCGAGGCCUACGACUUUUACAAUCUGUACUCUUGGGAACGGGGGUUCGGAGUUAGAUAUGGCAAAAGCCGGCUGAAUGUGGACAGAGUGAAGUGCAUGCAAGAGAUAGUAUGCGGGUGCUCGGGUAGGCCUCGAUCAACAAACUCUCAGUCAACGAGAUGCCUGUGCCCUGCCCUCAUCCGCUUGCUGCGUUCAAAGGACAAUGGGUGGUACAUUUGUGAGCACAGAGAUGUACAUAGCCACGAAUUGUCGGCAUCUUUCGGAGAGAGGGCGCAUUGGCCUUCGCACAGACACAUAGAUAGCUACACAAAGGAUUUGAUUAGGCAGCUGAGGGAGAACAACGUCAACCUUGGGAAGGUGUAUAGCAUCAUAGGAAGCUUCUUCGGGAAAAUGGAGAACAUACCUUUCACGAAAAGGGCAUUGAGGACUUUGUGUGGCAAGAUGAGUAGCGAGCAGGCGGAUGACGAUGUCAGGAAGACAAUAGAAGUGUUCUCCGAGAUGGGGGCUGCGGAUCCCGAAUUCACUUACAGUGUGCAAGUGGAUGACAAUAGCAGGAUAAUAAACCUGCUGUGGACUUCAGGGAAGGGGAGGGCUCAGUAUCAUUAUUUUGGUGAUGCAAUCACAUUCGACACCACAUACCGAACAAAUGUGUAUGACAUGCCGUUUGGUUUAAUUGUGGGUGUUAACAGCCACUUCCAGAGUGUCAUAUUCGCUGGUGUUCUGCUAAGGGAAGAAAAGGUAGAGAACUUUGAAUGGCUUUUCAGAGAAUUUGUGAAGAUGAUGAGUGGGAAGAAUCCAUUGACCAUCCUGACAGAUCAGUGCAGAGCGAUGGAAGUAGCUAUUGGGAAUGUUUUACCUAAUACGAAGCAUCGAUGGUGCAAGUGGCACGUCCUGCGGAAGGCGAAGGAAAGACUGGGUUCGUUGUAUGGGAAAAAUAGUCAGUUCAAGGUUGAUUUCCACCGCAUUGUGAACCAGAUGUUGACAAAAGAAGAAUUCGAGGGGGCCUGGGUUCACAUGCUGAGCACAUAUGCAUUGGAGAAGAAUCCAUAUCUUUACCAGAUAUACGAGACGAGGGCAAAAUGGGCGAAACCAUACUUCAGUGGCAUCUUCUGUGCGAGGAUGACUAGCACCCAGAGGAGUGAAAGUGCCAAUCACAUGCUCAAGACUUAUGUGCCGCCCGGGUCAGCCAUGCACGUGUUUGUAAAGCAGUUCAACAAAUUGUUGUUUGAUAGAGACGCCGAAGAGAGCUUCCAGGAGAAGAGGACACGCCUGGGUGGGAUUGUCUACAAAGUUGGGGAGCCAAUCGAGAAACACGCCGCCAAGAUAUAUACUUGUACAAUGUUCGAGAAGUUCCAGGAAUGUUUGUACAAGGCCGGUUCUUACUAUGUUGACGAGUUGGUGCCAGGAGAGGUAUAUGCUGCUACACAUUUUGAUAGUGAGAGCCGAGAGAAGUGGUGCAAGGCGAAGUACACAAUUACAGUUAGCGCUGGUUGUUAUACAUGCGAAUGCGGCAUGUACGAACACAUGGGCAUGCUCUGUUGCCAUGUGCUGAAGGUUCUGACCCACCUUAGGUUGAAAGAGAUUCCAGCCGCGCAUGUGCUGAAAAGAUGGACAGUGGAUGCCCGAGACAUUUUGCCAAUGCAUCUUGUGCAAUACCAAAAAGACCAAGGACUUGUUACGUCCUUCAGUUUCAGGCACUCCCAGUUGUACCUGAAUUGCAUGGAAGUUGUGAGGCUGGGCGAUGUAAAUGUCGAUGCAUACACCACAGCGAUGGAGACAAUAAUGGUGCUGGUGCCGAAACUGAAGACGGUAGCUGUCGAAUGUGAUGGUUUAGGGCUAGAGGAGAGGCUGAAUGCAAAGAGGGCUCGGGUUGGUGGACCGGCAACACAGGCAGUGGGGCAGAACAUCCAGCGCAACAAUUUGUGCUCAGAUGCAGCCAUCCUCGCUCCAUCCAAAAACAGAAGUGGUGGGAGGCCGACAAGCAGCCCCGACAAGCCCCCUUACGAGACUACUUCGAAGCGAACGAGGUUCUGCACGGUAUGCAGGCUACCGGGACACAAGAGCACGACGUGCCCCGACCGCCCCCCGGGUGCGGCGAAACCAAGGAAAGAAGCCAAAUGUUCGAACUGUGGGCUGCCCGGCCACCGCAAGACGAGUUGUGUCAGCAAAAAUCAACCACACGUACCUGAUAAAGAUGGUACCUAACCUUAAAUCUACAACUAACAUAGCUUACUGGCUACAUGGAAUCAGUUCCUGUAAUAGAUAGCUACUAGCAUCAUUAGCUGAACAAAGCUAAUAAUCAGCAGUGCCUUCAGCA